GUUCCAGCCACCAUAGUGCUGCGUACGCAAGCGAGAACUCACGAUUACGGUCAUAAGAAGAGUAAAUACAAAACUUUACAAAGGAUUGGUGAGGGCGCUGGCGUAUCCCACGGUGCAACGCGUGUCCUGCGCCGCGAUUAUGAAGCUUGUGAAUCAUGGCUGUGGUCCAACAGGAGGCUGGCGUGCUUCGCUCCUAGCUCUCACGGUGCGUGUUUUUUUGUGCGUUGCUGCUGGUUUCCCCGUUCUUUCUCCGCUCCGCCGUGCAGCCCAAGCGCGUGCGAAAUAUUUUCUAAUUUAGCGCGGCCCUCUUUUGUGUGCGGGCGAAGCGGGCGGGUCGAGAAAGAAUCGUCUGCUACUGCAAUUGGAUCGUCGUCUGCACGAGUGUUGUGUGCUUUCUCGGCCCGUUCGUAGCCUCACGAAAUCGUCGAGAAGAGAAGGCGCGUGGGUGUGAGACGAGACGGACUGCUUCGAAAAAGGUGAACGAAACAUGUGCUUUCGGUCGGCCCCGUGUGCAGCUGGAACAACGUGUACGGUCUCCGUCGAGCAAUCCGUAUCUUCGAUGUCGACUCGGUGCAUCGAUGCCGUGCAAUAAACAGCGAGCGUGGUUUCAGUAGCGCCGUCAUUUUCGAAGUGGCCUCGAGUUCGCACACCUUCUCGCCAGGUGAACGGAAAAAAAGUGACAGUGGUGUGGGAAGUGUGUGUCGUGUGUGAUAGCGACAACUCGGAGCGCUCGUCGUUUCCCCCCGUGUUUAUUCUGUGAUUGUGUUCUCUGUGUUCUCACUCUUUUAGUUUUGUGUUCCGGCUGGAAUCUCCCGCUUACUUUUUUUUUUAUUCGCCCUCUCGGUUUGACGGCGGCGCGACCGACUUGCAUUCUACGAUGGCCUUCGCCUCGACGAACAAGUUCCAGCGACGCUUGACGGAAUCAGGUCGAGACGUGCCGGACGCUCGUCCACAGCGCUUCGAGGUCGCCAUGUACCCACAUCUCGAGGCCGCGCUUAGGCCCGGCGCCUCCUGAAGCUCGCUUCCGAGGUCGCGCCUGGCCUCGCAGAUUCGCGGCAGGUCGGCGACGCGAACGCGCUCCUGCCCUCGACGCAAUGGCCACAGCAGCCAGCGGUGGUGGCGGUGGGAGUCGGGACCCCAACCACCACGAGCUGCAGCAGCAGCAAGGACCCGAGCCCAAGCGUCAGCAGCAGCAGCAGCAGCAGCAGCAGCAGCAGCAGCAGCAGCAGCAGCAGCAACAACAGCGUCACCAACAGCCAGAACCCGGACUUAAGCCUCAGCUUCAGCCACAGCUUCAGCCACAGCUUCAGCGGCGACGCGCCAGCAUCGAUGUGCCGGUUAGCUCAGACCAGCAGCACGUGUCCAGGCCGCGCCGGGCGAGCGGAUGUAGAGCCGCCGACGUCGUGGUGUUCUGA